AGCCUGCACUAGACAACGCAUGCUGAGCGGAUCUUUUGAGGGGCAGCCUGCAAAGGAAAGGUCAAUACUUAGUGUCCAGCAUCAUAUACGACAAGAACGCAGGUCACUGAGACAUGGUUCCAACAGCCAGCGAAUCAGCAGAGGAAAAUCUCUUGAAACAUUGACUCAAGAUCACUCCAACACAGUGAGGUACAGAAAUGCACAGAGAGAAGACAGUGAGAUAAAGAUGAUCCAAGAGAAAAAAGAACAAGCUGAAAUGAAAAGGAAAGUCCAAGAGGAGGAGCUGCGAGAGAAUCAUCCAUAUUUUGAUAAACCACUUUUCAUAGUUGGUCGUGAGCACAGGUUCAGGAAUUUCUGCCGAGUGGUGGUACGAGCUCGCUUUAACGCUUCUAAAACAGAUCCUGUUACUGGAGCUGUGAAAAAUACCAAAUACCAUCAGCUUUAUGACUUGCUGGGUUUGGUUACUUACCUGGACUGGGUCAUGAUCAUUGUUACUAUAUGCUCCUGCAUUUCCAUGAUGUUUGAAUCCCCCUUUAGAAGAGUUAUGCAUGCUCCAACACUCCAGAUUGCUGAAUAUGUUUUUGUAAUAUUCAUGAGCAUUGAGCUUAAUCUGAAGAUUAUGGCAGAUGGCUUGUUUUUUACACCAACAGCUGUUAUUAGGGACUUUGGAGGAGUUAUGGACAUAUUUAUAUAUCUUGUAAGCUUGAUAUUCCUUUGCUGGAUGCCUCAGAAUGUCCCUGCCAAAUCUGGAGCUCAGCUCUUAAUGGUACUCCGCUGCCUCCGACCUCUUCGAAUUUUCAAACUGGUUCCUCAGAUGAGGAAGGUGGUGCGAGAGCUGUUUAGUGGCUUUAAGGAAAUCUUUUUGGUUUCUAUUCUUUUGCUGACAUUAAUGCUUGUUUUCGCAAGCUUUGGAGUGCAGCUGUUUGCUGGAAAACUGGCUAAAUGCAAUGAUCCACACAUCAUCUCCAGGGAAGAUUGUCAUGGCAUCUUCAGAAUAAAUGUAAGUGUUUCCAAAAAUCUCAAUUUAAAGCUAAGACCUGGAGAGAAGAAACCUGGAUUUUGGGUGCCACGUGUCUGGGCAAAUCCUCGGAAUUUUAAUUUUGACAAUGUGGGGAAUGCAAUGCUAGCACUAUUCGAAGUUCUUUCAUUAAAAGGCUGGGUGGAAGUCCGAGAUGUUAUUAUUCAUCGCGUUGGGCCGAUCCAUGGAAUCUACAUUCAUGUUUUUGUAUUCCUUGGCUGCAUGAUUGGACUGACACUUUUUGUUGGAGUUGUCAUCGCCAAUUUCAAUGAAAACAAGGGAACAGCUUUACUGACUGUAGAUCAGAGACGAUGGGAAGAUCUGAAAAGCAGACUGAAGAUAGCACAGCCUCUUCAUCUCCCACCUCGUCCGGAUAAUGAUGGCUUUAGAGCUAAGAUGUAUGAUAUAACUCAGCAUCCAUUUUUUAAGAGAACUAUUGCUGUACUUGUUCUGGCCCAGUCUGUGUUGUUAUCAGUUAAGUGGGAUGCUGCAGAUCCAGUGACUGUGCCCUUAGCAACAAUGUCCGUUGUUUUCACCUUCAUUUUUGUCCUUGAGGUCACAAUGAAGAUUAUUGCCAUGUCACCUUCUGGCUUCUGGCAAAGCAGAAGAAAUCGGUAUGAUCUCUUGGUGACAUCUCUUGGAGUUAUAUGGGUGAUACUUCAUUUCGCGUUACUGAAUGCAUACACAUACAUGAUGGGGGCAUGCGUAAUUGUCUUCAGGUUUUUCUCAAUUUGUGGGAAGCAUGUGACACUAAAAAUGCUGCUCUUGACUGUGGUUGUCAGCAUGUACAAGAGUUUCUUCAUCAUAGUGGGAAUGUUCUUACUGCUGCUUUGUUAUGCUUUUGCCGGGGUGGUUUUAUUUGGUACAGUGAAAUACGGAGAGAACAUUAACAGACAUGCAAAUUUUUCAUCGGCUGGCAAGGCUAUUACUGUGCUCUUCAGAAUAGUUACUGGAGAAGACUGGAACAAAAUUAUGCAUGACUGCAUGGUUCAGCCUCCGUUUUGUACACCAGAUAACAGCACCUACUGGAAAACAGACUGUGGAAAUUAUGCUGGUGCACUUAUGUAUUUCUGCUCAUUUUAUGUCAUCAUUGCAUAUAUCAUGCUAAAUUUGCUUGUUGCUAUCAUUGUGGAGAAUUUCUCAUUGUUUUAUUCAACCGAAGAAGACCAACUUUUAAGUUAUAAUGAUCUUAGGCAUUUUCAAAUUAUAUGGAACAUGGUUGAUGACAAAAGAGAGGGAGUAAUCCCUACUUUCCGAGUGAAGUUUCUGCUGAGGCUUCUGCGGGGCCGGCUGGAGGUGGAUCUCGACAAGGACAAGCUGCUGUUCAAGCACAUGUGCUAUGAAAUGGAACGGCUCCAUAAUGGUGGUGAUGUCACUUUUCAUGAUGUGCUCAGCAUGCUUUCAUAUAGGUCUGUUGAUAUCAGAAAAAGUCUUCAACUGGAAGAGCUGCUUGCUAGGGAACAGCUGGAAUAUACCAUCGAAGAGGAGGUGGCCAAACAGACCAUACGCAUGUGGCUGAAGAAGUGCUUAAAGCGAAUCAGAGCAAAACAACAGCAGUCAUGCAGCAUUAUCCACAGUCUACGAGAGAGUCAACAGCAGGAGUUGAGCCGUUUUCUGAAUCCUCCCAGCAUUGAGACAACACAGCCAAGUGAAGAUAUGAAUGCUAUUAAUCAGGAUAACAGUGCACAGCCAGAGACAAGUAGCCAGCAGCAGCUCCUUAGCCCAACACUUUCUGACAGAGGUGGCUAUCAACAAGACUCUGCAGAUGCUGGGAAACCUCAGCGGAAAUUUGGGCAAUGGCGUUUGCCAUCAGCCCCCAAACCAAUAAGCCAUUCAGUGUCUUCAGUCAACCUCCGCUUUGGUGGACGUUCAACUAUGAAAUCUGUUGUAUGCAAAAUGAAUCCUAUGUCUGAUGCUGCUUCUUGUGGAUCAGAAGUCAAGAAAUGGUGGACAAGACAAUUAACUGUAGAGAGUGAUGAGAGUGGAGAGGACCUUCUUGAUAUUUGAGAAAAAUUUAAGUCAUACUGAAACAACAGCCACUUCAAGUACAAUCUAAUUUUCUAUGUUUAGAAUUGAAGACGCUAUGUGAUUUUUUAUUUAGUAACAUUUCUUUAGAAAGAUUUUAUUAUUCACAAAUGACCUGAAGAGGUCAGCGCUGACUUCGUGUUCAAGGGAAGUAUUUUUACAAAGUACAGAUUCUAAAUUACAAAUCUAAGCUUUUUCUGGACCUUUUUUUAAAAUAUGGAAGAUACAGGAUAAUUCAUUUUAAAAUCAUAAAAUGAAGGCUUGGCUUUUAAAGUGUAAAUAUCUUUG